CUCUUUAUCACUCCUUCCUAAUCGACCCCUAAUGGCGGCUGCGACCUCGUUCUCCUCCGCCGCCGCUAUCGCCUCCCGCUCCAAAACCCUAAACCCGCCGUCGAGAACCCUGUGUUCCACCUUGAGCUUCUCCUCGUCGAGGUCUCUCGGACGUGUCUUUGCUGCGGUUCGAUCGAUGUCGGUCGGUGGCGCUGCAGUUGGGGCUAAGAUGGUCUCCGCUCCGGCUGUGAGCAAGCCUCCUCCUUUGCUUGACUUCGAGACGUCUGUUUUCAAGAAGGAGAAGAUCAACCUUGCUGGCCAUGAUGAGUUCAUAGUGCGAGGAGGGAGGGAUUUGUUCCCCUUGUUGCCCGAGGCGUUCAAGGGAAUCAAGCAGAUUGGGGUCAUCGGAUGGGGGUCACAGGGCCCAGCACAAGCUCAAAAUUUGAGGGAUUCGCUUGCAGCAGCUAAAUCUGAUAUCGUGGUUAAGAUUGGUCUUAGAAAAGGCUCUCGCUCUUUCAAUGAAGCACGUGCUGCUGGAUUUACUGAAGAAAAUGGCACAUUGGGGGAUAUUUGGGAAACUAUUUCAGGCAGUGACCUAGUGUUGCUAUUGAUCUCUGAUGCUGCUCAGGCAGAUAACUAUGAGAAAAUACUCUCUCAUAUGAAACCAAACAGCAUCUUAGGGUUGUCACAUGGUUUCCUUCUCGGACACUUGCAGUCUCUCCGCCUUGACUUCCCAAAGCACAUCAGUGUGAUUGCUGUAUGCCCCAAGGGCAUGGGCCCGUCAGUGAGGAGGCUCUAUGUUCAAGGGAAGGAGAUCAAUGGUGCAGGAAUCAAUUCCAGUUUUGCUGUUCACCAGGACAUUGAUGGGAGAGCAACUGAUGUCGCCCUAGGAUGGUCUGUCGCUCUGGGAUCUCCUUUUACAUUUGCCACUACUCUUGAGCAGGAGUACAGGAGUGAUAUUUUUGGGGAGCGGGGUAUUCUACUUGGAGCUGUGCAUGGAAUGGUGGAGGCCUUGUUUAGAAGGUACACUGAAAGUGGCAUGGCUGAAGAACUAGCUUACAAGAACACCGUGGAGUGCAUAACAGGAAUCAUGUCAAAAACUAUCUCAACAAAGGGAAUGCUUGCUUUGUACAAUUCCUUGUCUGAGGAUGGGAAGAAGGAAUUCAAUGCUGCCUACAGUGCAUCCUUCUAUCCUUGCAUGGAUAUCCUGUAUGAGUGCUAUGAAGAUGUUGCUUCUGGAAGUGAGAUUCGCAGUGUUGUUUUGGCUGGGCAACGCUUUUAUGAAAAGGAGGGCUUACCUGCAUUCCCCAUGGGCAAGAUUGAUCAGACAAGGAUGUGGAAAGUUGGCGAGAGAGUCCGCGCUUCCCGGUCCGCAGAUGAUCUGGGUCCUCUUCAUCCCUUCACGGCAGGGGUAUAUGUUGCACUAAUGAUGGCUCAGAUUGAGGUCCUAAGGAAGAAGGGACAUUCAUACUCAGAGAUCAUCAAUGAGAGUGUGAUUGAAGCCGUGGAUUCCCUGAACCCUUUCAUGCAUGCCCGCGGUGUGUCAUUUAUGGUUGAUAACUGCUCCACCACCGCCCGCCUGGGAUCAAGAAAAUGGGCCCCUAGAUUUGAUUACAUCCUCACCCAACAAGCAUUUGUUGCUGUGGACAAAAACACUGCCAUCAAUCAGGACCUCAUCAGCAAUUUCUUCUCAGAUGCAGUUCAUGGUGCCAUGGAGGUAUGCGCCCAAUUGAGGCCCACUGUUGACAUUUCAGUGCCCCCUGAUGCGGACUUCGUCCGUCCAGAACUGCGCCAAUCUAGCAAUUGAGGUUAUGAGAGUUUUGGUUUAAAUUGCAGUGCUUGCAGGGUGAGAUAAUUUAGUUGCAUUGUAAGCUUCUGAAUCCUGUGUUAUGUAUGCUUAUUAGCGGUCUUUAGCCUUUGUAUCACCCUCUUGGAAUAAGCAGCAAUGUUUGCUGGGUGUCAGACUUGCACUCUUUCGACUAUUUUAUUAGGAUUUGGUUGCUUCUAA